UUUUUGUUUUGUAAAUCAGUUUUAGCAGUAGUACUAUAGUGAAAUGAUUUUUCAGUUUGUGACAUUGUGUCUAGUAACAAUGGCGUGCGCCGCACCGCAGCAACGGGAUGUGCAGAUUCUCCGAUUCGACAACGAUAACAACGGCCUGGGUAACUACAGAUGGGCUUUCGAACAAUCAGAUGGCACGAGACACGAGCAGCGAGGUGAACUAAAGAACCAAGGUCGAGAAAAUGAAGCCCUGGCAGUAAGAGGAGAGUAUUCCUGGUUGGGACCUGACGGCAAUGAAUACAAGUUGGUGGUACUCGCGUUGGUGGCGCUAACAGCGGCUGCUCCCCAAUUGAAACCAGAAGACGUUCAGAUCCUUCGUUACGAAACCGAUAAUGACGGUGUGGGAAAUUGGGAGUUCAACUACGAGCAAUCAGACGGCCAGAAACACCAACAACAAGGUCAACUGAAGAACGCCGGCACCGAUGACGAAGCCAUUGCUGUCAAAGGCUCUUACUCUUGGGUGGGUCCCGAUGGCGUCACCUACAUAGUCACCUAUAUCGCUGAUGAAAACGGUUUCCAACCCACUAUUGAACAAGGUCCUGGUGGCGGAAUACCCCCAGCCGUUGUUGCUUCUAAUUUGGGUUGACGCGAAAACUAAAUAGUCAAAUACAAAUAGUCAAAUUCUAAAUAAAAAUUC